AACGGCCGGCAACCUCAGAUGGGUUUCGACAGUGUGAAGACCCAACUCCGUCUUUCUCCCUGUGUAUUACUCGGUCGCUUCUUCAGCCGUCACGAUGAAGGCGGCCCUCUUGGCUUCCCUUUUAGCCCCUCUCGCAGCAAUCGUUGCAGCUUCUGCUGGCACCGGGUCUGUGUCAUAUGAUGGGUACAAGGUCCUGCGUGUCAACACUUUAGGGAAUCCUCGUGCUGUGAAGCAGAAGCUGUCGGAACUCGCGCUCGAGCAAUGGGACCAGAAUCCUUACCGGAGCAUCGACGUUGUUGUCCGACCCGACCAGAUUGCCGCAUUUGAGGCGCUUGGCCUUGACUAUGAAGUCAUGCACGAGAACCUAGGCGAUUCAAUUGCCGCGGAAUCAGCAGCUAGACCUUCGUCCAAGAGGCAGGCCGACGAUCUGUCCUGGUAUGACUCGUAUCACGACUACGAGGACCAUAUCCAGUAUUUCCAAGACUUGCGCCAGUCUUUCCCGAACAACUCGGAAACCAUAUCAUCAGGUACUUCGUACGAGGGAAGAGAUAUUUACGGCCUGCAUCUUUGGGGGGCGGCCGGGCCUGGAAAGCCAGCAGUGUUGUACCAUGGAAAUGUGCACGCAAGGGAAUGGAUCACCUCGCCGGUUGUCGAGUUCAUCACCUUACAACUCAUCACCGGCUACAAAAAUGGCGACAACCUCAUUCGUUCCUUCUUGGAUAGGUACGAUUUCUAUAUUCUUCCGAUUGUAAACCCUGAUGGCUUCGUAUACUCGCAGAAGGUAGAUCGUCUAUGGCGUAAAACCCGCCAGCCACCUCCGCCUCCGCCGGCGAAUCAAUCUUGCUUCGGCCGGGACAUCAAUAGAAAUUGGGCAUUCGCGUGGGAUGCCAACCCCCUCGGCGCCUCCAGGAAUCCGUGCUCGCAGACCUACAAGGGCGAGGCCCCUUCCGAUACCCCGGAGAACCAAGGAUUGGACAAGCUGGUGCGACAGCUGCGCGAUGGCGCGGGCAUCAAGCUGUUCAUCGACUGGCACAGCUAUGGGCAGUACAUCCUCUCGCCGUUCGGGUACAAGGAGACGCUAUACGCCCCCGAGCUCGGUAAAUGGACCAAGGCAGCGGGCAUCGUCAGCGACGCGAUCCGCGACAGCAACCGCACUGCGCAAACGACUUUCACGUUCGGACCCAGCGGCGCCGCGCUCUACACCACGACAGGUGCUGCACCUGACCACGUAUACAGCGUUGGCCGUGCCGACUUCUCGUACACUAUAGAGCUCCGCGACACAGGCAACUUCGGCUUCGUGCUACCCCCCGGGUUGAUUCGGCCGACGGCGGAGGAGCAAUGGGCGGGGCAGAAGGCCCUACUAGGGUUGCUGGAUGAGGAGUUCUUCGAUGGGGUGGGCCCGGCUUGAUCCCUGACCCUUGGCGGAUUCUAGUGUUACCGCCAUUUUUCAUCACCUGCCGAGAAACCCCGCAGAGAGGAUAUCCCCGAGAGUCAGAUAGCCAGAUGCUGGUGACCUAUAUUUAAUACCAUUGGCGAAAUAAUCCCCAAGGGUCCAUUGAGGUCUAUUCCCGCCUCGUCGUG